GAGGAAUGGAGGCUCCUUGAUGAGACUCAGAGACGCCUGUACCUCGAUGUGAUGCUGGAGAACUUUGCACUUAUAUCCUCACUGGGUUGCUGCUGUGGAGUAGGGGAUGCAGAAGCACCCUGUCAACGAAGCAUUUCUAUAAGCAUGUCACAGGCCAGGACUCCCAGGCACCUUCGUUUUCCCAGAAGAACUACUACAGUGAGAUGUGUAGUCUGGUCUUGAGAAGUAUUUUUCACUUGGCUGAGCAUGAAGAAACACAACACAGUCAGAAAGUGUUCGGGUGUAGAAUAUGUAUGAAACGAUUUCAUUUUAGUGCCAACCUCCAGAAACACCAGAAGCAGCACAUGGAAGAGAAAUCCUUCAGUAACGCUGCAGUCAGGGCCUUGUUUGUGAAGAGAUGCAAAUGCCAUGUGUCAAGGAAGCCCUUUACCUGUGAGGAAGUUGGGAAACACUUUCUGCCCACCUUGGGACAUCUCCAGCAACAGACCACUUACACCAGGGAGAAGCCAAACAAGAUUGCCCAGCGUGAGGCAACUUUACAAAGCAGAGAAAGUCAUUACAGCCAGGGAGAAUGCAAGAAAGCCUUCAGCCCGAAACAUGCACUGGUUCAGGACCAGGGUGUCCACCCUGGAAGACAUUGUUUUGUGUGCAGUGAAUGUGGGAAGACAGUCAGGUACAAAUCCUCAUUUGUUGUGCACCAGAGAGUGCAUACUGGAGAAAGGCUUCAUGUGUGUCGUGAGUCUGGCAAAUCUUUCAGGCGAACCUCAACCCUCAAUCUGUAUCGAAGAAUUCAUAGUGGGGCAAGGCAGUACAAGUGCAGCAAAUGUGGGAAAUCCUUUAACCAAAACUUUUCAUUUAGCCGCAGAUCCAUCAUAGUUCGAGAAUGGACAUUUCACACUGGAGAAAGGCGUUAUGAGUGUACUCAAUGUGGGAUAUCUUUUAGACGAAAAUUAUACCUCAUUGUACACUGGAGGGUUCACACAGGAGAAAGGCCUUACGAUUGCAGUGAGUGUGGGAACUCUUUUAACAAUAGCUCGGUGCUCAUCCUACACCAGCGAGUACCUAAAGGGGAAAGGCCUUUUGCUUGCAGUGAAUGUGGGAAAUCUUUUACCCAUAGCUCGGUACUCAUUCUCCACCGGAGAGUUCACACAGGAAAAAGGCCUUAUGAGUGCAGUGAGUGUUGGAAGUCCUUUAGUCAUCAAUCUUACCUCACUCAACACUGGAAGGUUCAUAGUGGAAAAAGGCCUUAUGAAUGCAGUGAAUGUGGGAAAUCUUUUAUGUCUGGCCGUGGCCUCCAUUAUCAUCAGAGAGUUCACACUGGAUCAAGGCCUUAUGAAUGUAGUGAAUGUGGGAAGUCUUUUACCUCUCACUCUGGCCUUCGUUAUCAUCAGAGAGUUCACACAGGAGAAAGGCCUUAUGAGUGCAGUGAGUGUGGAAAAUGUUUUACGUCCAGCUCUGCCCUGUGUUAUCAUCAGAAGACUCAUGCUCGAGAUAGGCCUUAUGAGUGCACUGUAUGUAGGAAAUGUUUUUCCUCUGGUUCCACCCUCCGUUAUCAUCAGAGAGUUCACACAGGAUCGAGGCCAUAUGAGGGUAGUGAAUGUGAGAAAUCUUUUCCCCAGAGCUCUGCACUCCAUCAACAUCCAUGUUGACAGAGGUGAAAGGUCUUAAUGUGUGUUGUGAAUGGGCAAAAUUGUUUACUUCU